UAUUCGGGCCGGGCCUAACUCUGAAUGAAAAAAAUCGGAGAUUUUGCAGGGAUUAAUCGUUGAUUUAUUUUCGGUUAUAUAUGGUGAAUUGGUGAAAAGUUCAAAGAAGUUCACUUGGUGUAGCGGUUAUGGGACGUUUUAACUACCUAGCAACCCGACUUCGAGCAAGAGUAAUGGCAUUUUUUCUGUUUUCUUAUCAAUAACUUAAAUGAGGGAUAAAUUGUCAUUUACUUAGCAUCUUCCUCAUUAGGUUUUCUGGAUUUUCUGCAACAAAAACUCGACGGCUCUUCCAAUUUUUAAGAGUUUUAGAACGCUUUCUUUGUUUUUCUUGUUGUUUUCAAGUAAAUUUAAUGAAUCUUAUGUAGAUUAGUUGUUUUGUAGGUUAAAACGAGUGAAAUUGUAAGACUUUUAACAUACCUCCGAGAGUCUUUGCAUUAACGGCCGUGACCAGUAACACGGUGAGUGUUUUCACCAGAAAACUUUCAUCAAACGCCAAAAAAAAAAAACAUUUUAAUAAUUACAAAGAGAAGCAACUCUUUCAGUAAGCUCCACCACUGAUUCACCAUCUCCUUCCUCAGCUAUGGUGUCUUGCAACACACAGAACAUAAACAAAAGUAAGUAAACUCCAUCUUCAUGUUCCUUUCAAGAUCCUCUGUUUUUUUUUACCAACUAACCUCUUUGUCGGUUUUAGAUUGGACACCAAUGCAUUUAGAACCACUGAUGCUCGAACUCUUUAUGAGGCUACGAGCAAUGUAACCUCCUCCAUUGUCUGGUUCCUCAGAUUCCAAAGUUGAAGCCACAGCUGCUGCUGCUCUUCUCUCAACAUCACUGCUUUCUUCUGCAGUCUCACCACUCUGAGCAGGAACUAUCUCUCUGCAACACACAAUCACAGAGAAGCUCAAUGCUUUCAGAGCAUGAAUUAGAUGUGUGGGCUCUCUCUUUCUUUGAAAGCAUUGGGCUUCUCUGUAAUUGUGAUUGGUUGAUUAUUUUUGGUGACGUGACAGCCUAGAAAUUCAAUGUAUGUGCCUUUUAGUAUACGAUAGAUUGCACUAAAAUUAAAAAUUAUCUUCAAAAUUGUUUAAUUAUUAAAAUUUGUGAGAAAGUAAAAGAUUUCAUUUAAUAUUGUACUAUUUAGGUAUAUAUAUUUGCUUUUUCUUUUUGAUCAACAGUUAAUAUUUGCUUUUAGGUUCAAAAUCCUAUUUGGUUCUUAUAUAAUAUUAGGAUGAACUCGUUCUAGUAAAUCAUUAAUAAAAUUCAAACGUAUAGACUCAAUAUAAUACUACUACAUGGUUUAUUGCAAUUUAGAAAACUCAUAAUAAACCGGUUUUUAGUUUUGUUAGCGUUAGCUAUUUGAAAAUAUAUCUGGAUAAGGAAAAGAAAAUGGACAAAGGUUUAGCUUCUUCAGCUUUUGUUUGAUCUAGUUAUCAAAAUAUGACACAUGUAAUUGACUCUGCAAUUUACGUAAUUAUGUAGCAUGAAAAUAGACUUUGUAUCAGCUGAAUUUUCUUACCGGUUUUGUAUGUUUAGCUAUAAUGAUUUUACAAUUUAUAUGUACCAAAAAAGGAUGGACAAUGGCUUAGCUAAACCAAGUCAUUAUAGCACCUGUUAUCAAUUAAUUGCCAUCACAUACAAUAAAAAAUCAUGAUCUCAAAAGUCCGUAUUAGUCUUUUUUGUAACACUAUCAUCGACCUACAAGAGUCAAUGAGAAGUUAGUGUUACAGUCAAUCUGCCCAUUUACUUAAAGACAUGUUCUUUAUUCCUGUGUGAUGAAAUUUCUAUGUGUUUGAUUAAGCUUCAUGAAUGUUGUUAACUACUUUGUGAUCUUCAAUAAUGCACAGCUAUUCGAGCUGUCCUCUCCGGUGAUGGUAAAACUUCUCAUUCAAAGGAUGCCGGUCAGGCUUCAUGGAAAACUGAAAAAAGUCGUUCUAGCUUACAGUGGAGGCUUAGACACUUCUGUCAUCGUGACAUGGCUUAAGGAGAACAGUGGUUGUGAAGUUGUAUGUUUCACCGCAGAUGUUGGUCAGGGCAUAGAAGAGUUGGACGGUUUGGAACAAAAGGCUAAGGCUAGUGGUGCUUCUCAGUUGGUUGUUAAGGAUCUCACAGAAGAGUUCGCCAAAGAUUACAUAUUCCCUUGUCUUAGAGCUGGUGCUAUCUAUAAACGAAAAUACUUGGUGGGUACAGUACCGGUCCUGAAAAUUUGAAGGCUGGAAGCAAAUUAUAAAUUAAGGCCUGUUUAUUAAAGGCCAUCUCAGGAAAAAGAAUUCUUUUAAUGCAAAUGGAGAAGGGAUUUAAGCUUUUCAUUUGGUCUUAGCCUUUUGGUAUUGUUUGGUGCAACUUGGGUUGUCUAGUGUCCUACAUGAUAACAUUAUCCUCAACCAAUGGCUUAAGCUUUUCAUUUGGUCUUUUUGGUCUAGAGGAGUUGCAGCAGUGUGUGUGUGUGUGGAAAUAUUGGUUGAUUUAUGUGUGUAGAUAAUGCUAAGACAUGUGAACCAAGCAAAGGAAUUUAUAUCCUCAUAGUAACAGCAAGCUAAUGGCUAAACCGGGUUGCAGUUAAACCAAAAAUAAGCAAGUUCUCUUACUUUCAAGUUGAAAGAGAGAUUUGAGAUCAUUCCAAGUGAACGCUUAUCACACAGCCAGUGUUGUGUACUCUCUCUGACCAGCUUCCCUCGUUAUGAUUUGGAAGCAGCUAACAAUUUCACAAUGCGGCUAAUAGACACCACUAGUGGAACCAUAGCGAGCAAUACACUAUUUUGAAGACAUAAUCUGGUGUUCCUAACCUUAACGCUCUUGCAGGAUUGUCCAAUAUAUUUUUAUUACAACUUGUAAUGGUUAUGACGCGAAAACUGUUCCAAAAUAGUAGAAUUUCAAAAGAGUGACAAAGGGUUUACAAGACUAGAAAAGGAAUAUUCAAAAACAGACAACACAGAACUGAGAUUUUGGGAGAAACAUAGACAUGAAACAAAGAAGAAACAAGAGAAAUAAACAUCCAAGUGUAUGCUAUGUAGAAGAUGAAUCAAGGCACAAUCUUGAAAGCCUUGUACUUAUCAAUCCAAGAGAUGAAAGA